AUGGGAGAUUCUGGUGAUGCACAAACUUCAACUGGUGAGCCUAGACCUUCUAGGGGCUUGAAUUUCGAAGCACUCAAAUUACAUGUCCUAACUCAUAAAAUAGAUUGUGGCCUAUGGGCUAUCAGAAUAUUGGCUAUUUUGUUUGCCAUAGGAUAUUUUAUUCCUAUUUUUGGGAAUGCCCAAAGUGCUUACUACAAAGUUCUCAUUGCAAAUGCAGCUAUUAGUGCAUUGCGUUUGCAUCAAAGAUUGGGAAGAGUGACUUUUACCAGAGAAUUCCUUGCACAACUGCUGACUGAAGAUAGUUGCCACUAUCUUUUCUAUUCCUUGAUUUUCCUUUAUGUUGCUCCACUCAGUUUGGUUGUUGUACCUAUUGUGCUGUUUUGCACUCUUCACUCUGCAAGCUACUCAUUAACAUUAUUGGAUACACUUGGACAAAAUUCUUGGUGGGGUGCAAGGCUGCUGAUUUCAUUAGUUGAAUUCCAGUCCUUGAAUAUACUUAGAGCAGUGGCCUUCACAGAAAUUCUUUUGAUGCCAUAUUGCAUUAUCCUGAUAUUUUUGGGCAGAGCCAGCCUGCUGACGCCGUUCAUCUACUACCAGUUCCUGACGCAGCGCUACGCGUCCCGGCGCAACCCCUACACGCGCAACAUGUUCCGCGAGCUGCGCAUCCUCUGCGAGAACACGGCCGCCAAGCCGAGCGUGCCCGCCGUGGUCAAGAGGGCGCUGUUGGCUGGUGUGGCGUUCACGUGCCGUUUGGCGCCUGCGCAAGUGGUGCCGGGUCAGCAGCAGUAAACAUAAACACGGGAGGGGGGGGGGGGAAGUUGGAUGUGUUUUAGGAAGGGAGGUUCUCGUAACUUUGGUGUAUUCUUGGAUUGUUUAUAAAGAAACGGUUAAAGUUACCUUAGUGUCGCGAAGCAAUCAAAACCACACCAAUUCGGAUUAUCAGAUUGGUCGGAUGAAACAACGAACCUUUGAAAAAAUAACAAAAAUUAAAAACCAAUCGGUCGCUAUUACCCAGCAAGAAGAUAUGUAA